AUGCGGAUCGGCCAAUUCGUCAGGCUUGCUGCCUUUUUCGCUGCUGUUGCAGGCGAGAUCUGUCAAAACUGCUCAAACGAUGAUCGUCUAUUCACUAAUGUUACGAUCCUCGAGGCGCCAUACAAGAAUGUCGCUGCCGCUGGGCCUCCGCCUCCGCCCCCUCGAACUCCUCCGCCCGGACUGCCAGAUCGGCCUCCUCCGAAUCCACAAAAUGAACCUGCGACUGAUGAGGUCUGGGAUAGGUGCAGGAGAAAGGGAUGCACGCUCUCGUGGGCGAUGAGCCACGACGACAGCGAAGUCGGACCCCAGUACGACCCAGGACGUACCACGGCAGCAUCACCGUACCAGAAUCGUAAUCAACUCGGAAGAUGGUUCUGGCAGUAUUUUCAAUUUGAUCCAAGCGACGAGGCGGAUUCUUUUUUCAACUUCUAUUUGACAUGGGGUAUCGGUGAAGCACUCGCAAGUCUCGGACUCAACCCCAACGCAGACAGAUUCGAAGGUGGCGAGAACCACGUCGUCUCCUAUCAGCAUAACUUGCCUGGAUUCGAUGAGGAUAUCGAUGAUCAAACGUACUAUGUUGACGGCAAGCAGUACCGGGCCACAGGUGCUGAUUUUACCUUCUCACUCAACAUCAACGAAGGCGUCAUCAUAGCAAUGAGCCGUACAAGCCCCAAGGAAAUAGGCAAGGGAAAGGACCCGCCAAUUACCGGUGACGGACUGCCACGCCUUAAUCAAUUCUCAGACGUGGCGUGGCUGGAGUGGCAACAUUUGAUGAACCAGAACAAUGGCGAUGUCAGAAACAUGCGUUACUUCGUGUCUGUGUUGGUUGUCAACCGAGAGACUCAGUCAGUGGUGCUGAGAGCACUGCGCACUCGAGGUAAAAAUCUAGAAGAUUUUCCAGGGCAGACGUUCGAACGGGGGACAGACGAAAUGAAUGCAAUCAUGGGCACGCCGAACAUGCAAGGCUUCGCAUAUAUGCUGGUUCAGCACAAAGCGCAGCUGGGCAACAUGUACAUCAAGAAAAUCCAAGUCUUCAAGUGCGUGACGAUGCGCGAGCCUCCUUGUAUCAUCGCGCAUGUAUCCAAGCCAGACGUCUGGGUUGACCCCGGGGGCAGCGAAGUCGUCAGACGCGACGGAGGCCAUAACGUAGCGCGUAUGCACAAGAUCUUCGCGAAGCUGUGA